CCGGGUUGUCCUCGUGGUGAGGGAGGCGCGGAGGCCCUUCACGUAGGGGUCGGGCGAUUCACGCGAGUCUAACCUGCGGACGUGGCGUUAGAGCGGCGUUUUGUGGUGGCAAAAGCGCGUGAGGGUGUACGGAGCGGGGGAGCGGUACGGUGCGGAGCGGUGAGCGGUGCGGCCCCGCGCCUGGGGCCUUUCUGCCCAAGCACCUCACGGCGCGGUUCCGCGAGGGCGAUGCGUGGUUGGCGGUGUGACUUGGUGAACUGCGCUUCGUUUUAAGGGGGCUUUUUCUCCACCAUCUUUUCCAGUUUGUUUGGAACUCGAGAGAUGAGGAUUCUCAUCCUGGGGCUGGAUGGAGCCGGAAAAACAACCAUCCUCUACAGGUUACAGGUUGGAGAAGUUGUUACCACCAUUCCAACAAUUGGCUUCAAUGUUGAAACGGUGACAUACAAGAAUCUGAAAUUUCAAGUUUGGGACCUGGGAGGACAGACAAGCAUAAGGCCGUACUGGCGGUGUUACUAUUCCAAUACAGAUGCAGUCAUUUACGUAGUGGACAGCUGCGAUCGAGACAGAAUUGGCACUUCAAAAUCAGAGCUUGUUGCUAUGCUAGAGGAAGAAGAAUUGAAGAAAGCCAUUUUGGUGGUGUUUGCAAAUAAGCAGGACAUGGAACAGGCCAUGACUCCCACAGAAAUGGCGAACGCACUUGGCUUGCCAGCAUUGAAGGACCGAAAAUGGCAGAUAUUCAAAACCUCUGCAACCAAGGGCACUGGGCUUGAUGAAGCAAUGGAAUGGUUGGUGGAAGCCUUGAAGAGUAGGCAGUGAUACAAAGCUGACAGCUGCAAAGAAGUUUCAACUGUGUCCAGCAUCCCUCUUUCUGCAGUCAAAGACGGUCAGGCCACAAGUACUUGUAAAUAGGGCAGGUUUGCAUUGGAGUCAAGUAAUGUAUUUGGAUGCCUCUCUUAAAUAGAAAACUGAACCGAGUGAAUGUCUGUGUACAUUAUGAUCUUCAUUGUCUUACUUUGUGUUUAAAGAUGUGCUUAAUAAUUUGUAUGAAAGUUUUUUUGGCGGGCAAAGGGAUUUAUUUUUUUUCUUCUUCCGUUCACUGGGUAGUUUGAAGUUGGUGUGGUUACUCUAUUUGUGUAAUUAAAACACUAAUAAAAUCUGCAACCAUCAGCUGUA